AUGAGGGAGGAUCAUCUCAACGGGCAGUCCAAACUCGACAGAACAACGGACUCAAUUCCGCUCCAGCUCCUGCAGAUUCACGUCCCUGCCCCGGCUUCAAGUCCGGCCCUUCCUACGGUCCCCUCCUCCCUCCAUGUGUUUUUGUUUUUUGGACGUACUGGGAUCCGUCCCUUGAGGGUGCGAUCGGGGCAGGUGGAGCCGGGGGAGGACGCUGCCGUAAAGACCGCGGCGAGCUCUGGAUGCAUCGUGGACGUGACGCGCGGCUCCGACUCUGGACUCGGGGGCUCAGAGCGCUCCGCUGAAGUGAAGGGGGCUGUGGUGGUUAGCAUCUCACAGGUCCAGAGUGAUAAACGCUCUUUGCAGCUGAAGUUGGAGGAUGUCAGCCGUCUGUUUAAACACACUGAGAGUCGAGAGCGAGCCCUGCAUUAUGAACAAGGCUGCCUCUUGGGCACAGUGAAGGAACUGCAUCAGAGUCUGGAGGCUCAGUUUCACACCAGAGUGGAAAAUGAGAGACUGCAGAGUCAACUGGAGCAGCUGAAGAUGGAACAUGCCAAAAAGGCUCAGGAGGGAGAGGCCGAGCUGCAGAGGUUGGUUUCUGAGAGGAACGCAGACACAGAGCACCACCAGAGGGUGCUGGAGGAUGUGAGACAGCAGAGCAGGAGGGAGGUGGAGGAGGCCAAUGCACAGGCUGCACUCAACAUGGCGGCCAAUGCGGAGGAGGUAAAGUGGAUGCUGCAGCAGAAGGAUGAGGAGCUGGAAGAGCUGAGGAGCAAACUCAAGGAGCAGGAGAGAGAACGCAACAGUGAGCUGCUCCGGCUCCAGAUGGAGUUUGGAGCAAAGUUGGCCCGUGUCCAGAGUUCAGUCCAGACAAACCAGCCACUGCAGAGUGGACCUAACCUAGCUCAGAACAUCUUCAAGAGGAAGCUGCAGUUCUUCCAGGAGGAGAAGAACAAGGAGGUGCUAGCUCUACAACAGCGAAUCAGAGAGCUGGAGGAGUGUCAGCUGACCGGGCUCAAGCGCAGGAAAGUCUCCUUUAACAUCUGA